UCCCUAAGGUCUGGAGAGCCCGUGGGAGCCUGCGGGGGAAAGCGCCGCACAAGUGCAAGGCGCUGCUGGGACUAGUACUUUGUGCCGCUGCACCCAGGCCGGGGUUCAUCUCCUGGGGGUGUCACAGACCAUCUCCGGCGGCUGAGUGGGGGAGUAAAGUAAAGCAGGGCAGCAGCCAUGUAAUCUCUUAAGAACAGCACCCUCUUGCAAGUGUUCUGAAGAUCGUACUUCUCAGCAUGUCCUUGAAUGAGAAUUUUUUGGUGUUGAUAACUGGAAGGGUGCUUGGAGUUUCCUAACUCCUUUGUUUCUUCUAUCAAAAGCCCACUGUCUUCUCAAAGCCUUUCUUACUUUAGGUACUAUACCUUAUUUGUGUCAAAAUGCUGCGAUAUUGGGGUGAGAUUCCAGUGUCGACCAGUCAGGCCAACCGUAGCUCCUUUGAUUUGCUUCAGCGUGAGUUUCGCACUGUGGAAGUUCAAGAUCCUCCAUUACAUCAGCCCUCUGCAAACAAGCCCAGGCCACCUACCAUGCUGGACAUCCCCUCGGAGCCCUGUAGCCUCACCAUUCACACCAUUCAGCUCAUCCAACACAACAGACGGCUGCGCAGCCUCAUUGCCAUGGCUCAGGCCCAGAACCAGCAGCAAGUGGAGGGCAUAAAGACGGAUGAGAACGAGCCUCUGCCAUCCUGUCCUGCCUCCCCACCCCUUCCUGAUGACCUGCUUCCUCUGGAUAGUAAAACCCCCAAAAUGCCAUUUCAGCUAAGGCACAGUGAUCCAGAGAGUGACUUUUAUAGAGGGAAAGGGGAACCAGUAACUGAGCUGAGCUGGACCUCCUGCCGGCAGCUUCUCUACCAGUCCAUGGCCACCAUCCUGGCUCAUGCGGGGUUCGAGUGUGCCAAUGAGAGCGUCCUGGAGACCCUAACAGACAUUGCUCAUGAGUACUGCUUGAAGUUCACCAAGCUGCUGCGCUUCACUGUGGAUCGAGAAGCUCGGCUUGGGCAGACGCCUUUCCCAGAUGUAAUGGAACAGGUGUUCCACGAAGUGGGCAUUGGCAGCGUGCUCUCUCUGCAGAAGUUCUGGCAGCACCGCAUUAAGGAUUAUCACAGCUACAUGCUGCAGGUUAGCAAACAGCUCUCCGAAGAGUACGAGAAGAUUGUCAACCCUGAAAAGGCAGCAGAAGACACAAAACCUGUGAAGAUUAAGGAGGAGCCAGUCAGUGAUAUCACCUUUCCCAUAAGUGAGGAGCUGGAAGGAGAUCUGGCAUCUGGUGACCAGUCUUUGCCUGUGGGAGUCCUUGGAGCUCAGAGUGAGCGUUUUUCUGCCAAUCUGGAAGUAGAGGCGUCCCCGCAGGCUACAGGUGCUGAGGUCAAUGCUUCCCCUCUCUGGAACUUGGCUCAGGUGAAAAUGGAGCCUCAGGAAAGUGAGGAGGGCAAUGUUCAUGGGCAUGGGGUCCUGGGCAGCGAUGUCUUUGAGGAGCCCAUGUCGGGCAUGAGCGAAGCUGGGAUGCCGCAGAGCCCCAAUGGCUCUGAGAGCAGUUAUGGUUCUCAUUCUCCUGACAGCCUGAUGGGAGCCUCACCUGUCUUCAACCAACGCUGCAAGAAGAAGAUGAAGAAAAUGUGAAAGGGAAGAGGUCUUUUUUUCUUUCGAAUCCUGCUAAUGUGUGACAGUGACUUGAAAUGAGCCAGUAGGGCCCUUGGUACCACGGGGACUAUAAUAACCAGUGUUGGCCCUGGGUUUUGGGGGACAGUCUGUGAAAUGAUCAUGUGAGGUUCAAUCUGCAGUGCACAUCAACUCACCCAUCUUCAUUUUGCCAAUGACUCCUCUUCCCAUGGGGCUCUGCUCUGCAUCCCCAUCCACGAGAUUGCAGGAGAACUCAAAAUGGGACCCAUCCCCAUCCUACAAACAUGGCAGUGUCACCAGAUCUCUGGCGGGGUGGGAGUGUGGGAGAGAAAGCAGGCUAGUGGUCUUGUUGACCGUGGCUGUUUAUACUCACUGAGCCAGGGGAGUCAAGGCUGCAUCUUGACAGUGAACUUCUCAAAGUGGAACCAGGAGCAAUUAGUCUUACCUAGCGCUGGCCCUGGUAAUAAACAGUUUUCUUUA